AUGAUGAACACGCUCAGGACGUCGCUAUACGCGGUCUCCAGCCCUGCCUUCAAGGGCAAGGCCAAGCAGGUCGCAUCACCUGCCCUCUCCUUCGUCUGCACCAGAAACAUUGGAGCAUCCUCAUCUACCGCCUCUUCAGCGGCAACCACAGCAACGGCCGGACCUUCUACGUCGACGCUUCCUCCCAUCGCCGAAUCGAUCGACUCGAACGCACAAGCGCUUAGCCUGCUCAAGUCGCAGCCCAACCACUACGCGGUCGCUUCUAUCACCGGACGCGCAUACCUCGUCUCCAAGGGCGACCUGGUUACGGUGCCGAGACUGCGGGAUGUGCAGGUAGGCGAUGUGCUCGUGCUCGACAAGGUGCACGAGAUCGGGUCUCGAGACUACACGCUUCGUGCACAGGAUACGCUCAACACGCGCCGCAUCUCGUCUGCCGUCGACCUGGCCUCUCCACACCCCUCAGCGACCCCUUCCAACUCUACCACGUUGCACGGCAUAUCGCCCGCCGUAGCUCCUCAGUCCAGACGUCUCUUCACACGGCUCGUUGCCGAAGAUGCGGCGGCUGCGGCCGGACGCGGCCCGCUCCUGCCUCUCGCAAACACAUGGUCGUCGAGGCUGCUCCCUAACGGUCUCGCCCAUAUUGGCGCCAGCUUGCCCGCCUCCGCCAUCAAGAUCACCGCCGUCGUCGCUGAAAACACCAAAGGCGCUCUUGAGAAGAUCGUCAAGAAGAAGCGCAGAAAGGGCUACAAAAAGACCGUGCAGCACAAACAGCCAUACACCCGCCUUCGCAUCGAAGACAUCCAGAUCCAGCCCACCAGCUGA